AUGUUUCAGUCAGCUUAUCAUGCGAAGAACGAGUUGCUUCAGUGUUCUUCAAAUUGUCUAAGUGAGAUGUUCGCUGAAGUGCUCAAGAGUAUUCCCGAUUUCCCAAACAACUGGCGGCCAAGAGUCUUGAUAACUCAACCAGAUAUUCCGCGGGUUGGAUUAGAAAUUUUAGAGCAGAGAUGUGAAGUGAUCCACACAACAGGAUGGCCACGGUCAACAAGAGAAGAGAUCCUGAAGAGUAUUAAAGGCGUUGAUGCUCUUAUGUGGGCAAGUAGUGAAAAAUUAAACGCAGAAAUUCUCGAUCAAGCCGGUUCUAAUCUCAAAGUGAUUUCAAAUUACUACACCGGCUACAAUCACAUUGAUGUGAAGGAAGCUAGGAAGCGCAACAUUUCUGUCGGAUUUACAGGAAUCGCUUCGAAAGAUCCUGUUGCCGAUGUGGCCGUUGGCUUGAUGAUCACAAUGGGAAGGAGAUUGCACGAGGGAAACCUCGCGAUCAUGAAAUCUCAGUGGGAGAAGCGACCCCAAUGGCUCUUAGGUUGCGACAUUGCGGGAUCCACUGUGGGGAUUAUUGGCUUAGGAACAAUUGGCCAGAAGAUAGUGAAACGCCUUCAGGGAUUUGAAGUGGGAAUGUUCCUCUACACAGGUCGCAAUUGCAAGCCUGAGGGCGAGAAAUUGGGAGCAAUAUUUGUCUCUCUGGAGGAACUCCUCACGAAGAGUGACUUCAUUAUCAUAUCUUGUCCUCUCACAGCAGAAACGGAGCAUUUGAUAAAUAGAGAGGCUUUGGCUAAGAUGAAACCGACUAGUAUUUUGAUUAAUGUCGCCCGAGGAGAAAUUAUUGAUCAAGAAGCUCUCGUUGAUGCUCUCAAGACCAACCAAAUCUGUGCCGCUGGAUUAGAUGUCACCACACCUGAACCUUUGCCAACAGAUCAUCCACUACUUCAUCUCCCAAACAGCUUUAUAACCCCUCAUUUGGGAUCAGCAACUAAAUCAGUAAGGAAUGACAUGGCCACAAUCGCAGCUUUGAAUAUGUUACAAGGUUUAGCCGGAAUUCCCAUGAUAAGCCCAAUUCCAUAA